AUGGAUUACGAGCCCGAAAGUUUGGAAAAUGGUGGCACAGUACAUUUUGAGAAAAAACUGUGUCCACACGGUACAUUCAUAACUGACCGAAUUUCGUGCUACUCUAUAGGGCCGGUUAACCAGGACUUCUUUCAGGCAAAGGAUUACUGCUUAUCGAGAGGCAAACAUCUCCUUGAACCGGAGACACUUGCAAGUAACCAGAUGUUUCAAGACAUUUUGACGUUUGAAAACGUUGCAGAGUAUGUUGUGUGGAUAGGACUUACAGACCAUGACGGUACGGGUACUUGGAUAUGGGAAACCACAGGUUUUGGCCUGGUUAACGACUUUUGGUACUCCGGUCCUCCUAAUAUCGAAGGGCAUGAAAAUUGUGGAGCUUUUUUAAAAGCUUAUCACUGGAAAUGGGGUAUCCUUGACUGUAUGUCUUCUAGCUCCACCCUUACAAUCUGUGAAACCGGUAUCAUUGUAUAGAGGACACAAAUGGAUGAUGAAAACAACAACAACAACAACAAAACGUUUAUUCAGAAAUUAAGCAUUACACUACAAUUGAGUUGAUGUGAAAAAAUGACAUGAAGUACUAUCAGCAACAGAAUAUCGUUGCUAGCAUUUUGUAAAGUGUUUUUAAAUAUACCCAAGCAGAUAUAUGUUU